AUGUCAAUUCAACCACUCCCUGGGGACGUUGUCGCCCAGAUCAAGUCUUCAGCUGUUAUUACCUCCUUGAACGGGGUCGUUGAUGGCCUGCUUCGCAACUCGCUCGACGCCGGCGCAACCAAGAUCAACAUAUCUAUCGACUACAGCCGUGGAAACUGCUCUGUUGAAGACAAUGGGCUCGGGAUUCCUCCAGCCUGCUUUCGCGAAGAUGGCGGUCUCGGCAAGCUCUACUACACCUCGCGAUAUCCGCCAGACCCCGAUUUCCAUGGUAGACAUGGCCAGUUCCUAGCUUCUUUGGCAGCCCUGUCUCUGCUUUCCAUCUCUUCUCAUCACCAUGAACACCGCUCACAUAACGCCUUGACAAUUCACAACUCCCGAGUUGUCGCCCGCAAUACCCCUGCUCUCCCUGAAGAACGGUUUCUGGUCUUCCCAAGUGGAACGCGUGUUAUUGUUCGCAAUCUUUUCGGCUCCAUGCCCGUCCGCGUAAAGCAGAGGGCCACCGAAGUUGAACGACUGGGCACGGCUAAGACCCUUGACCAGCUCAUUCAUGUCAUUACUUCCCUCCUUCUUGCUUGGCCAAACCAGGUGAAUCUGUCCGUCCGAGACGCUGUUUCUCGACGUACUGUUACUCUUCGCACAUCCGGGAUGACCAGCCAGGUUCAAGACCGCCGGAACUCCGCCAACGUGCUGGUGCUGCGAGCCUCGAGCCUUUUUGCUCAAGCUUCGCUGACUGAUGAACAAGACUCCAAGUCAUGGGUUCCGGUUGGAGCCUCGGUACCUGGAGUUUCUGUGAGCGGCUGCUUCUGUCUAGUGCCAGUUGCAACGAGGCGAGUGCAGUUCAUGUCUUUGGGCAUCCAACCACUGUCAAACGAAAACGACUCCAACAUCCUGUACGAGGAGGUCAAUCGCGUGUUUGCGAACUCCGGGUUUGGCGUCAUCGAGGAAGCGACCCUCAACGAAAAGCAACCGAGGAGGAAAGAAGGGUUCACACUAAAAGAACUCAAACCAAGGAAGGGCAUUGAUCGAUGGCCCAUGUUCUUUCUUCGAAUCACCAUGGCUGGACAAGAGGGUUCUCUGAAUGCCGAUGACUUUCUAGAUGAAAGGCAACAGGACCUCUCGAUCAUCACCGACCUUCUUCAGGUGAUAGCCUACGAGUUCCUAAAGAAACACCAUUUCCGGCCCAAGUCUAUCAACGCCUUUGGGAGACUCAAAUCACCAAGGGGCUCAUCAGAUGAGGCCAGUGGUCUCAAGAGAUCUGUAUCUUCCUCAUCCUCACAGACAGCCUCCAGCUGUAACAAAAAGCACACACCUUCGGGAUUAGCGCGAUCAACCGUCAGCAGCUCGAGAGGAAGCUCAAGUAGCUGUCAAAUAGAAGAGGGCUCAGCGUCCCCAUUUACAUCGUGGUCACGCGUUAACUCGGGAUCCACACCUGAAUUACUACCAUCCAAGAGCUCCUCAAGUUCAAUCUUAUCUGCAGGCAAGACCGUCAAAUCUGCCAGCAUAUCCACACAAGACGGGGAAAUCGUCCCAUGGGCGCAAAACCCACUGUUUGACAGAGCGGGCAAGCUUAUACGAAAGCCGUUCGAGGAUGUCGAACCACCUCCAUCAAGCAAUAACCACCUCGCGUCACGGGGACCGAGUCGACAGUCUAGCCUGCCAUCAAUCCCGGGCAGCAGCAACACGGACAACUAUAUGGAGUGGGUAAAUCCCAUUACGAAUAUCAGAACGCUCAUAAACCCGCGGACAGGUUUUAUGAUUCGGUCGCAUUCUGUCCCUGGAACGAAACCUCGCGACACUCCAAAACCACGCCCAAAGGGGUCACCAUCUCGAACCUCUGCCGCAGCUCCAAAAAUUACCGCCUUCAAGCCUGUCGAAGCUCCCAUACCCCGUGUACCAGAGCUUUAUGAGUCUAUGGAGCAUGGCGCUCAUCAUAGCUGCAAUCAUCACUCUACGGGAGGAGUCAACGUAGAAACGGGCAACGGAGGGGCUUUGAUGACACUACAGGGCCGAAUCUCCAGAGAUGCCCUGCGUACGGCAACUGUCAUUGCACAAGUUGAUAAAAAGUUUAUCUUUGUCAAAUUGGCUCCCACAGAGGCAGAAAAGUUCUCCCCAAGGCCCGAUGUCGACAGAAGCGUCCUAGUCCUGGUCGAUCAGCACGCGGCUGACGAGCGAGUCCGCGUGGAAGAUUUGAUGAAAUCUUAUUUCACCAUAGCUCCUUCAUCGGGUGGCACCAAGUCGAACGAAAUCAUCGCCCAAACCCAAUCUCUUCAACGCCCUCUCCGCUUCGACCUAUCCAAGCAAGACGGGACCCUUCUUCUCAGAUACAAGCUACAUUUCGAAUACUGGGGCAUAUUUUAUGAGGUCUUUGCCGGCGAGGACCACUCGACGAGGUUCACCGUGGAAGUACAGUCGUUGCCGCCCAGCAUCUUGGAGCGGUGUCGGUUGGAGCCGCGUGUGCUGAUCGAGUUGCUUCGAAAGGAGGUAUGGAGGCUGAAUGACAACCUGGGCUUGGGCUUGUCCACAAGCCAUGGGAUUAGGGGUGCCCAAGAAGAGGGAGAGCGUGACUGGGUCGCUAGGUUCCAUGAUUGCCCAGAGGGUAUUUUGGAGCUAUUAAAUUCCAGGUCCUGCAGAAGCGCCAUCAUGUUCAACGACGAACUGUCCCUGGAGGAAUGCAAAAGCUUGGUCUUGCAGCUGGCCGAAUGUGCAUUCCCGUUUCAAUGCGCACAUGGGAGACCGUCCAUGGUUCCGCUUGUUGAUCUGGGUGCUGGGCUCGUUCCAAGGUCGGAUUUGACUAUUCCUGACGACUUUGGUAGGAGCCGCGGCGAGGGAAACCAAGGCAAGAACAAUUUGUGGUCUGAAUUGAAGGGCUGGAGACGAGAUAAGAUCAGAGAAGGCCGAUAA